UCAUGGAAGUUGAUGGAAAUGGAGAGCAUGUUGUUGAUGGGAUUGAAGAGCAAGCUUUCAAUGAAACUGCCGACAAUUAUUCAUGUGCUGUUGAGGUUAAUGAUAAAGAACCAUACACUGGAAUGAAAUUUGGUUCACAAGAAAAUGCUCAUUCAUUUUACAGGGAUUAUGCUAAAGUUGUCGGGUUUGGAAUAUCAACUAAACAUAGUCGUCGUUCAAAAGCUUCGAGACAGUUUAUUGAUGUGACUUAUGCUUGCACAAGAUAUGGGAAGCAGCGGGAAUCCAUUGCACAAAAUCCACGUCCUUGUUUGAAGGUGGAAUGUGAGGCUAGCUUACGUAUAAAAAGAAAUUGUGAUGGAAACUGGAUUGUUCACAAUUUCAUUAAACAUCAUAACCAUGAACUUUUUCCAGGAUAUGCACAUUAUUUUCCUUGUCACAGAGGAAUCAAUAAAGCUCAAAAGCAUUGUAUUGAAAAUUGGCAACAUGCUGGAGUGAGAACAAGCCAAAUUUACGAUGCAAUGGCCAAACAACAUGGAGGAUAUGAAAACAUUGGUUGCUUGGAGAAAGAUAUCAGAAAUCAUUUAGAUAAAGGUCGGCGCUUGGCUUUAGAAUCAGGAGACGCAAAUGCAAUGUUGGAGUGUUUUAUGCACAUGCAAGAAGAAAACCCAAAAUUCUUUUAUGCAAUAGAUUUGGAUGAUGAGGAUCGUAUAAAAAAUGUAUUUUGGGUUGAUGCAAAAGGUAGAGAUGACUAUCAAGAGUUUGGAGAUGUGAUUUCGUUUGAUACCACAUAUAUCACAAAUAAGUACAAAAUGCCAUUUGCUCCUUUUAUUGGUGUAAACAAUCACUUUCAAUCAAGGUUACUUGGUUGUGCAUUACUCUCAGAUGAGUCCACACAUACUUUCACAUGGUUGAUGAAAACAUGGCUCAGAGUAAUGGGUGGAAAACCUCCGAAUGCAAUUAUAACUGAUCAAGAUAGAGCAAUGAAAGCAUCUAUUAAAGAGGUAUUUCCUAAUACUCGACAUCGUUUUUGUCUUUGGCAUAUACUUCGUAAGGUGCCCGAGAAGCUUAGUCAUGUAUUGAGUAAACAUGGAGACUUCAUGAUAUAUCUCAACAUAUGCAUUUAUAAGUCUUGGUCAAAACAACAAUUUGAAGAUUCAUGGCAUGAAAUGGUAGAAAAAUUUCAACUAUCGAAAGAUGUGUGGAUUCACUCUUUAUAUGAAGAACGUGAACAUUGGGUUCCUGUUUACAUGAAGGAUACUUUUUUUGGUGGCAUGUCAACUACUCAGAGAUCAGAGAGCAUUAAUUCAUUUUUUGACAAAUAUGUAUGUAAGAAAACUACAUUACGGGAAUUUGUUGAAAAAUAUAAGGUUGCUUUACAAGAUAGAGAAGAGGCGGAAAUGCAAGCUGAUUUUAAUACAUGGCACAAACAACCUGUUCUUAGGACUCCAUCACCUUUUGAGAAGCAAAUGUCAAUGAUUUAUACACAUGAAGUCUUCAAAAAAUUUCAAGUUGAAAUUUUGGGAUUAUCUGGAUGUCGUAUUGUGAAAGAGCAUAAAGAUAAUCAAGUUAACACUUUUAAAAUCUUUGACUUUCAGAAAAAUGAAGAGUUUAUUGUAGAGUGUAAUGUAUCAAAAGAGGAAAUAUCAUGCAUAUGUCACUUGUUUGAGUAUAAUGGAUAUCUUUGUAGACAUUCAUUAAUGGCACUCCAAGCUGUUGGUGUAUUUGCUGUCCCGCCACAUUAUAUAUUGAGAAGAUGGACCAAAGAUGUUAGAAGCAAGCAUCACAAAAGGAAAAAGAAAGAUAGGUCCUGA